CUGUGCACUUUCAUUCAUCGAUUUUACUCGCAGGUGGUCAAUGGUACAUUGACGAAGAGGGUGCACCUGUGGUGUCUGUAUCCACACGACAAAGACUCACUCUUUGACAAGCUCCUUGGAUACCCCGUGAAAGUGCCCUCAGUCAAGAUCAGGAAACUGGGAUAUGGGAAGGAGUUCAAAGGCCUCUUCAUCGAGUGGGCCUUUGAGCAUUUUGAGUGGAAGCAUCCGACGCCAAUGAACAAGAUAUUGGCAGACAACAGAAUGCCUCACCCCCUCUAUCCAGACAUCUAUGUCGACCCGAUCAACGGUUUUCCAAAAGACAAAGAUGCAUACCCCCUAAGCAUUCCUGUCCUUGAUCUUCCUCUGUACAAGCACUUGGACAGAGAAUUGAAGACCAGGUCUCACAAGCUCUUCAUCCUGGAUUGCUUCAGCUUCCUCAGAAGAAACCCUGAGAGGGAGGCCAAAAUCCCUCUUGCUGUUCGCACGCAAUUUGUCUGUGAUGCCAACGAGACCUGGCUGUAUCUGGAAGCUGCCCUUUUCACACUGCAAUCCACCAACAGGUACCAGGUGCAAGAGUAUGUCCGGGGAACUGUGAGCUGGCUGAAGGGGCACAUUGUGACCAUUGCUUUCCCUGUUUCUGGAACUAACUUUGGGUUUGGCUGGGACCUGGAGACCCUUAGUGCAAUAACCGGAAUGCCUGCUCCUCUGGUUGGCCUUCUACAAGUGGGAGCUGUCACACCUCUUUCCAGUGGACAAGGGACUGUGACGCUUUCCACGUCUGAUGCAGUCACAGAAUAUGACGAAGAACCAAACGAUGUGAAAAAAUACAAGCCACAAGCUAAGUGGUUCAACCUUUGCAUACACUUUGCCAAAGCCAAAACCAUGAUUCAUGCUCGGCUGGCUGUAGACGGAACGCAGCAAAGGAAGUUCACCAGGAACAAGUCUCAGCUUGACUGCGAAUACAUAGAAACCACUGGAGAAAAGGCAGACCCUGAAGGAAUCCCUUCAAAGGCCUCUUGUGGCAUUCUGUGA